UAUCGGCAUUUCACACCUAUCACCUCUAUAGAUGAGUCAAACAACGCUACCGCAAGCUUUGCUUUCUUCUGUCUUUCUCCAUUUAAUUAUUUCAAAAUAAUUAUAAAUUAAAAUCAAAAUCAAAAUCAUCAAACCAAACUUGUCUCACGCAUUAACACUUGCGUGAAUUCCCAGAUUAACUGUUUGUUAAAAGGGUUUAACAAAAAUUGGGAACUGCAUCAAAAUUCAGAAUUCAGAAAUGGGAUCUGAAGGGCCAAAGGCAAUUACAAUACAUGUAACUGGGUUUAAGAAGUUUCAAGGAGUGCCUAUAAACCCUACAGAGUUUAUUGUUAAUAAUCUGAAGGAUUAUGUUGAAAAGAAAGGUCUUCCAACUGGUGUUAUUCUUGGAAGUUGCACUGUUCUUGAGGUAGCUGGUGAUGGUGCACUUCCUCAGCUAUAUCAGACAAUGGAAUCUGUUGUGUCUAAAACAGAUGCAACUAGCAAUGCAAAUGUUGUGUGGCUUCACUUGGGGGUGAAUAGUGGAGCUGCAAGGUUUGCCAUUGAGCGAUUGGCAGCGAAUGAAGCCACUUUCCGCUGUUCUGAUGAAUUAGGAUGGCAACCACAGCAAGUCCCGAUAGUCGUUGAGGAUGGAGGAAUUUCUCGAACAAGAGAGACUUCUCUACCUGUUGAUGCAAUCUUGAAUUUCUUGAAGAAGGAAAAAGGUUAUGAUGUAAUGGUAUCAGAUGACGCCGGGCGAUUUGUUUGCAAUUACGUGUAUUACCACUCUCUCCGGUUCGCAGAACAGAAGGGUAACAAGUCUCUAUUUGUCCAUGUUCCUUUAUUUUCGAGAAUCGAUGAAGAAACUCAGAUGAGAUUUAUAGCCUCUCUUUUGGAGGCCAUUGCUUCUGCAUGUUAAUGCAAUUGAUUGAAUUGUUUACAAGGACUGCCAUGUCCACUUUGUCAUCUGGUUGUGUAUGUAAAUCAUUUGCCUCCAUAGAAAUGCAAUUGUAUACCAAUUAUUAAGUGAAUAAUAAAGUUGUUCUUUUUUUUUAAUGGAAAUUUGUUGUUCAAUGUAUAAUUCAUGGAUGUCUGCUCUUGGACUCUGCGCAGAUAUGUAUGCUGGUGAGUGCUGAAACCUUUUAUGGUUUAA